AUGGCAUCAAAUGAGACAUUAAAUUCUUCGUCAUCAGCGACUAUUGAUGUCCUCACGAGUAGUAUCACAUAUACGACAUCCGAUGAGAUCAGAGAUUGGAUUAUAUUGUCGAUGUAUUUCUUAACAUUUUUGUUGGCACUUAUUGGCAACAUUUUCAUCUGUCUGGUCGUCUAUAAUAAGAUAAAGUUAAGAUCAACUACCUAUACGUUGAUCGUAAAUAUGGCCAUUUCGGACAUUAUCGGCGGUAUUGUCAUACCCGGUCAGUGGCUAUUUUGUUCGACAUAUAUGCUAGACAUGGGCACUGGUAGUCAACGAGUCUGCAGUCUAGUUAAGUCAUCGCAGACACUGUCCUAUUAUGUGUCGACAUUUUCGAUGACAGUCAUAGCCAUAGACCGAUAUCGGCUUAUAUGUAGGCCAUUAUUGCCGCGUAUGCAACCUCUAAAACCGAUAGUGUCCAUCUGGAUAGCGGGUACUGUAUUCACGGCGACCACCUUAUACUCGUUACGUGUCUCGGAAUAUUUUUCGCCGAUUCAGGGACUAAUCGGCUGUCGUAUGCUAUUUGUAUCCGAUAAAGGUUUCCAAUUGAUUACUAUACGUAUAGUAUUGGUCACUAUUACCCAGUACUUGAUACCACUGUCCCUAAUCGGCUACUACUACAGUAUGGUCAUGUAUACGGUAUGGCAAAGGGAACGGGUGGGCGCAGCCAACACAGCCACCGCCGGAUUAGUCGACAAGACAAAGACAAAGUUGUUUAAUGCCAAUAAAAAACGUACGAUAAAGAUGUUGAUGACUGUUGUAGUGGUAUUUGCUGUGUCCUGGUUUCCCACACAUCUCGAAUACUUUCUAACGUUUGUCCUAAAUGUCAUACCUGUCCACAAGUCGACGACCACCACGACAACCACCACCAUCACUACCAACCAAUGCAAUACAUCGACAUUUCAUAUGUUUAGCUAUUGGCUAAAAUCUAGCAGUUGUUUCUACAAUGUGUUCAUCUAUUGUCAUUUUAAUCAUGAUUUCCGAUCGGAGGCCAUCCGCUACUGGAACUGUAUGGUACCUCAAGGUUGUUGUUGUUGUCUUCAAAUGUUGUAUUUGCCAGCACCGGGUGAUGAAUUGUCUACAACAUCCAAACCAUCAACCGAUGAUACCAUCAAAACCAGUGGUACCAUAAAUCAUUCAACUAUUCAAACUUUUACUACUACUACUACUAAAACUUAUGGAUCAACUAUACAGUAG